CCGUAUAAGUCACCGACCAAAAUAACUUACAAGCCGUAUUGACAGGAGAAAAAAAGAAAAGAAAAAAAAAGAAAGAGGAGAACUUCAGCGACAGAGUACUGAAUGUAAAAAGCGGCUGAGACACUCGAAGUGCUCGCAGUUCGUUCUCUCUAUCGCACUACAUAAUGCUGCUUCAACAAAACCCGUCAAAGCUCCUCUUCAAUUCCUCUGAUUGUAGCUUCUCCUUCUUCUCAAAGCGAAACAUCCUUUGCUUCUCAAUGGACAAAGAAAAAGACAAAGCCAAGCAUUUAAAUUUAUCUCAGAAACGCUUCAACCCAAUCUUGGCUUGCAGAGCUUCGCGUGACUCUCAUGAGACCUCUAUCAGGAAAGAUGAGGAGUCCAAUAUACAUGGAUUAUCUGAGGUGAUUGUGGGUGUUCUGGGUGGUGGCCAAUUGGGUCGUAUGCUAUGUCAAGCAGCUUCACAAAUGGCUAUUAAAGUAAUGGUUUUGGACCCACUUGUUAAUUGCCCUGCUAGUUCUCUUGCUUAUCAUCAUAUGGUUGGGAGCUUUGAUGAUAGUGCUACUGUUCAGGAAUUUGCUAAAAGAUGUGGAGUAUUGACUGUUGAGAUUGAACAUGUUGAUGUUGCUACGCUAGAGAAGCUUGAGAAGGAAGGGGUUGAUUGCCAACCGAAAGCUGCUACUGUUCGAAUUAUCCAAGAUAAAUAUCUCCAGAAGGUUCAAUUUUCACGACAUGGGAUUCCUCUUCCUGAGUUUAUGCAGAUAGAUGAUUUGGAAGGUGCCAAAAGAGCAGGUGACUUGUAUGGUUAUCCUCUUAUGAUUAAGAGCAGAAGAUUAGCUUAUGAUGGGCGUGGAAAUGCAGUUGCCAAAACUGAAGAAGAUCUUUCUUCUGCAGUAACUGCUCUUGGAGGUUUUGAACGUGGUUUAUAUGUGGAGAAAUGGGCACCCUUCAUAAAGGAACUAGCAGUCAUUGUGGCAAGAGGCAGAGACAAUUCCAUAUUGUGCUAUCCUGUUGUUGAGACUAUUCACAGAGAAAAUAUAUGCCACAUAGUUAAGGCACCUGCAAAUGUGCCAUGGAAGAUUAAGAAACUUGCGACUGAUGUUGCACAUAAAGCUGUUAGUUUGUUAGAAGGUGCUGGUGUGUUCGCAGUUGAAUUGUUUUUGACAAGUGAUGGCCUGAUUUUGCUAAAUGAAGUAGCUCCUAGACCUCAUAACAGCGGUCACCACACAAUUGAGUCCUGCUACACGUCACAAUUUGAACAGCAUCUGCGGGCUGUUGUAGGUCUUCCACUUGGUGAUCCUUCUAUGAAAACUCCUGCUGCUAUCAUGUAUAAUUUACUGGGUGAAGAUGAGGGAGAGCCUGGUUUCCACUUGGCUCAUCAACUGAUUGGAAAGGCAUUGAAUAUACCAGGGGCUAGUGUCCAUUGGUACGAUAAGCCAGAAAUGCGAAAGCAACGAAAGAUGGGUCAUAUCACUAUUGUUGGGGCUUCUUUGGGUAUAGUGGAAGCAAAACUAAAUUCAAUGUUGAAGGAAGAAUGUGAUAGUCAGUCAGCAGUUGCGCCACGUGUUGGGAUCAUUAUGGGCUCUGAUUCAGAUCUUCCUGUCAUGAAGGAGGCUGCAAGGAUUUUGAAUAUGUUUGGUGUGCCUAAUGAGGUGAGAAUAAUAUCAGCUCACAGAACUCCUGAGAUGAUGUUCUCUUAUGCCUCAUCUGCUCGAGACCGAGGAGUUCAGCUCAUCAUUGCUGGUGCUGGUGGUGCUGCUCACUUGCCAGGUAUGGUAGCAUCACUUACUCCUUUACCUGUUAUUGGCGUUCCUGUGCGGGUUUCCUCGUUGGAUGGAAUGGAUUCACUCUUGUCAAUCGUGCAGAUGCCAAGAGGUGUCCCUGUUGCGACGGUUGCAAUCAACAAUGCGACAAAUGCAGGUUUGCUGGCUGUCAGGAUGUUAGGGAUCGGUGAUCCUGAUCUAUGGGCAAGAAUGACCCAAUAUAAAGAAGACACCAGGGACGAGGUCUUGAAAAAAGCUGAUAGACUACAGCGUGAUGGCUGGGAAUCUUAUUAGAAUCCUUAAGCAUCACUUUCGCUACUUAUGUGCUGGUUGAUUCUUUUGAACUUCUUACCACAGGAAGAAAAAAAAAAUUAACAUCCACAAUAGGAUGAAGAGUCAGCAUUUCAGUUACGAAAACCUAUGUAAACCAAGUGCCAACAUGGCAUUCUGCGGCAGUGUAGAACUAGAAAAUCUAUAGCAGAUUGGAAAGAGGUAUACGGGUGGUAUAUCAAAGUUCGGAGGAAACAAGUUUUGUACUGAUAAUUGAAUUAUCAAUUAAUUAAAGUUAAUUCUCUCUA